UCCCCAAACAAGCUGGAGAACUAGCUUCCAUGCCCUUGCUGUGGAGGUGACCCAGGACCCACUGAGCUAACACUGAGAUCAGGAUCAAUACACACUUAGUGUGUGACAUAGUGAAAGUUUUCCUCUCUUUGAACUCCUCUAAAUAGUCAUUUUGCUUCCUCUUGGGGAUCACUGCUCAGGCUCGAUGGCCUUUCAGGACCUCCUGGAUCAAGUUGGAGGCCUGGGGAGAUUCCAGAUCCUUCAGAUGCUUUUCCUUUGUAUCUCCAGCCUCGUCACCUACCCUCAUAUUCUAUUGGAGAACUUCACUGCAGCCGUCCCUGGUCAUCACUGCUGGGUCCACAUUCUCGACAAUAACACUGACUCGGCUAACGACACUGGGACCCUCAGCCCUGAUGCCCUCCUGAGAAUCUCCAUCCCACGGGACUCAAACCUGAGGCCAGAGAGGUGUCGUCGCUUCAGCCGCCCCCAGUGGCAGCUGCUUAACCUGAACAGGACCUUCCCCAACAUGACUGACCUGGACACAGAGUCCUGUGUGGACGGCUGGGUGUAUGACAAAAGCAUGUUCACCUCCACUAUCGUGACCGAGUGGGACCUGGUAUGUGAAUCUCAAUCACUAAAAUCAAUGGCCAAAUUCUUAUUCAUGGCUGGAAUGCUGGUGGGAAGCAUCGUAUAUGGCCAUUUAUCAGACAGGUGGCUGGCAGAGUCUGCUCGGUGGCUGAUUAUCACCAACAAACCUGAGAGGAGUUUAAAGGAACUUAGAAAAGCUGCACACAGGAAUGGAAGGAAGAAUGCUGGAGAUGCCCUAACCAUGGAGGUCCUGAGAUCUGCCAUGCAGGAGGAGCUGGAGGCAGCACAGACCAAAUCUUCUCUGUUUGACUUGUUCCGCACACCCAACCUGCGUAAAAGGAUCUGUCUCCUGUCCUUUGUAAGAUUUGCAAACUUCAUGUCAUUUUUUGGUCUGAUUCUCCACCUCCAGUAUAUGGGGAGCAAUGUUUUCCUGUUCCAAGUUCUUUUUGGCGCAGUCAACCUCCCAGCCAAUUAUGUUGCUUUUUUGUCACUGAAUCACCUGGGCCGUCAAGUAAGCCAGACACUCUUCAUGUUUCUUCUUGGAAUCUCCAUCCUGGCCAUCACAUUUGUGCCUCAAGAAAUGCAGACCCUGCGUAUGGCUGUGUCAACUUUGGGAAUAGCGGUUUCUUCUGUGACUCUCAUGUGUUGUUUUGCCCAUGGAAAUGAACUAAUCCCCACCGUUCUCAGGGUAACAGCUUCAGGAUUCUUGGGAGUUGCUUCUAAUAUUGGUGCAGCCCUGGCUCCCCUCUUGAUGAUCUUAGCAGUGUAUUCCCCCCACCUGCCCUGGAUCAUCUAUGCAGUCUGCACCAUCCUUGGUGGCCUUGUUGUCCCACUUCUACCUGAAACCAGGAAUAAGCCUCUGCCUGACUCCAUCCAGGAUGUGGAAAAGGAGAGAAAAGACUCAAGAAAAGCGAAGCCGGAAGGUACUUUCAUGAAAGUGACACAAUUUUAAGGAAUUCCAUUCCAGGCACUAUCUGCUAAUCAAAGAGCAAGAUAAACAAGAAAAAAUGGGGUCAUUCCCAAAUAUUGAUAAAAUUUGGAAAACAAAUAAAUAAAAAGAUGUAAUAGGAAAAUGGACCUCAUUAACAAUUGCAGUUCUAAAUAACUAUGUACAAAAUGCCUAUGACUGAUCAUUAUAUGAAGUUUGAGGAAAGUAAUGGUGAUUUUAAAUGAAUCAUAAUAAAACAUGUAUGUUUCUGGAUAGAGAGACAAUAGCAUUAAAAAACAUUGAUUCUGUUCCAAUUAAUGGCACAGUCAUUGAUGGAAUAAUUAUUAGGGGAACAACUUGAAAAACAGUUCCAAAUUUAUCUACAGGUUAAUAAUAGGCAAGAUUCAAAAGAUGAAGUUUAUGGAGGGAAGGUGGUGCAAGUAUAUGGGGCAGUACAUGCUGAAAUGAAAUGCAGAUGCAUUUACAACUCAAAAGACAUCCAGAAUAGGCUUGUGGCAUGUAGAACACUUGAAAUUUGGAAAUUGGGACAGCAUAAAUCACUGAUAGACAUAAAGGAUUAUGUAAUAAGUAUCAUUAACUAACUUUGGAAAUAAAUGACUAAUAACUUGAGAAAGUA